UAAUCCUUGAGUUCAAUCAUGAAAACCACUAAUCCUCUGUCACAUACGUUAAAAUUUCCAUUGUAUUAGCCUGGUCAAAACAAACACCUACAUGUUGACAAAAGAAAAUUCAAAGUAAACCUAUAUGACGAAGUCACUUUUAAAUCAAUUUUCUCUCUAGAUUUUGAUCCUAUAAACUAAAAUCCUAAUAGAAGUGUAGGACAUACUGCAUAAAAAGUAAAAAUGAAAGAGGCACUUGUUUUUCUUCUUUUCUUGACCAAAAAGUUUCCAGAGAAGUUCAAUAGUUGCUCAAAAAAGAAAGAAACACUUUAUGUUUUGUGUCUUGUUCUUCUUAUUUCGAUUUUAGAAGCACCAGUAACAAAACCAAAUUUUGGAAAGUUCAUCGAAUGCCUACGCGAUCGGACUACUCCGGAGAAUCCAAUCACCGAUGCCAUCUCCAUCGCCGAUAACACCACCACUUUCUUGUCUUCUUACGUGUCAUACACGAAAAAUAAGAGGUUCUCGAGCCCUAACUUCAAAAAACUACUAGCCAUCAUAGCGGCAAAACAUGUAUCUCAUGUUCAGGCCACGGUUGUCUGCGCAAAGUCUAAUGGUAUCCAGAUACGUAUCCGAAGCGGUGGUCAUGACAACGAGGGUUUUUCUUACGUGUCGUCUGUGCCAUUUGUCAUUCUCGAUAUGCACAAUCUGAGGUCUAUUGAUGUCAACGUGACGAGCAAGAACGCAUGGAUUCAAGCUGGUGCAACCUUGGGAGAGCUCUACGUAAAGAUCAAUGAGGCAAGCCAAACGCUAGCAUUUCCAGCUGGCGUGUGUCCUACGGUAGGAGCAGGAGGACACAUAAGCGGUGGAGGGUUUGGAAAUCUGAUGAGAAAAUUCGGAAUCACAGUGGAUCAUGUCAUUGACGCUCAAUUAAUUGAUGUCAAGGGCAAGCUGUUAAAUCGAGCUGCCAUGGGAGAAGAUCUCUUUUGGGCGAUUCGCGGUGGUGGUUCAAGUUUUGGAGUUAUACUCUCUUGGAAAAUCAACCUCGUCGAGGUUCCAAAGAUCCUGACAGUGUUCAAGGUUAACAAAACAUUGGAACAAGGAGGCACUGAUGUUCUCUACAAGUGGCAGCUUGUCGCUAACAAGCUCCCUGAUAGUCUUUUCAUAACAGCAUGGCCUCGGACCGUAAAUGGACCAAAACCGGGCGAGAGAACCAUCGCGGUUGUAUUCUAUGCUCAGUUCUUGGGUCCAACAGAUAAGCUGAUGGAGAUAAUGGACCAGAGCUUCCCUGAAUUAGAGCUAAGCCGUGAAGAUUGUCACGAAAUGAGCUGGAUUAACACGACGUUGUUUUGGGCCAAUUACCCGACGGGUACACCAAAGAGCGUCCUUCUAGAUAGGCCUCCGACAAAUUCAGUGUCCUUCAAGAGUAAAUCGGAUUUUGUCAAAAAACCAAUCCCCAAAAAAGGAUUAGAGAAGCUUUGGAAGACAAUGUUUAAAUUCAACAGUAGUGUCUCGUUGCAAUUCAACCCUUACGGUGGAGUAAUGGACCGGAUUCCGGCAACGGCCACUGCCUUUCCUCACCGGAAAGGAAACUUGUUCAAGGUUCAAUACUCUACGAUGUGGUUUGACGCAAACGCCACAGAGAGUAGCCUGGCUAUGAUGAAGGAGCUUUUCGAGGUUGCGGAACCGUACGUGUCAAGUAACCCGAGAGAGGCUUUCUUUAAUUUCAGAGAUGUCGAUAUUGGAAGCAAUCCAAGUGGUGAGACAAACGUGGAUGAGGCUAAGAUCUAUGGAUACAAAUAUUUCUUGGGGAAUUUGAAGAGAUUGAUGGAUGUUAAAGCUAAGUAUGAUCCUGAGAAUUUCUUUAAGAACGAGCAGAGUAUUCCUCCGGUUCGUGUAAAGUAGUGAUAUAUAUUACUCUUUUUUCAAGUGUAAUGAGUUAUUUGGGCAUGUGUUAUAGGCUUAUAGUUUAUAUGUAGUUUGCUAUGUUUAAUCAUUACUCAAUAAUGAAAUCGAUUUGUAUACGUGAGUAUUAGUUAACUUUACAGUUCAUUACUUAUUUCGUUUUGUAUAUAUAUUUAUUUCUAUUUUUGUUUAUGGAUUGAUUUUGAAUUACGCUAAGAAUUUAACAACUCUGUCUUCAGGUCAUCUAAUUAAAGUAUAUUUUACAGGCUAAUGUUUUAAGAGUUAGUUAAUGUAUUUAUACUAUAGAAUUGUGAUUUGAUCUCUAGUAAUACACGUGUAAACGUACUAUUUGACUAAAACAUGCAAUAUAGUGGUUUGAAUAGAACCGAGGGUUUACAACAACAACAAUAAAUAAAAAAAAAAAGAAUAGAACCAAGGAGAUCCUGCCGGCCUAAAGCAUAAUUGCUACAGGAAGAUUAAACUCGAUCCUACGAGGCUACGACUACAUGAUAGUUAUCCAAUAUUUAGCAAGAAACUAACCCAUUAAAAAGAUUAAGAAAUAAAAUAAAAUAAAAAGAUAGGGCAUAACACGUAAGAGCAUCUUUAUUG